AUGUCCUCAAGCAAAGGUCCAGGAGAGAAGUACGGCGAACCCAAAGUCAACGUCGAUCCCUCCAUGAGGAGCGAUGAAGAUGUCACGGAAGGGUCUAUUGCCGAUGUGACUGCUGGAUCGCAGGCCUUGCAUCGAAGUUUGCGAGGACCAGAAGUUCAGCUGUUUGCCAUUGGCGGCGCAAUCGGUACCUCUCUGUACGUCCAAAUGGGUUCCGCCUUGCCAAAAGGAGGUCCAGCAGGACUCUUGAUAGCAUUCCUCAUCUGGGGCGGUGUCAUGUGGGCUGUCAAUGAAUGUUUCGCCGAGAUGGUCACAUACGCUCCAGUUCCUUCGCCAUUCAUCCGGUUCGGGAGCGAAUGGGUCGACGGCGCUCUGGGAUUCGCUAUGGCCUGGAAUUUCUUCCUGAAUAUGGCGAUCCUGGUACCUUUCGAGCUCGUGGCCCUCAAUAUCAUGAUACACUUCUGGACCGACAAGAUACCCGUGGAAGCGAUCAUUGUGGCGAUGAUACUUCUCUACGCUUUUCUGAAUGUGGUCACCGUACGAUACUUCGGAAUCUCGGAGUUCUACUUGUCAAUUGGCAAGGUAGUCCUGAUGGUGGGCCUGUUCUUCUUCACUUUCAUCACCAUGGUGGGCGGUAACCCCUUGCACGACGCCUAUGGCUUUCGAUACUGGAAUAAGCCUGGAGCCUUCAUCGAGUACAAUGCUGCUGGUGACACUGGUCGUUUCUUGGGCGUACUCUCCUGUGUCUAUCAAGCCAGCUUCUCAAUCACCGGUCCGGAAUACAUCUCCAUGGUAGCAGCUGAGACCGAGAACCCUCGCAAGAUACUGCCUCCGGCGUUCAAAUCUUUUGCCUGGCGCAUCCUCGUCUUCUUCGUCGGCUCCGCACUGUGCAUUGGGAUCGUCAUCCCGUCCGACAGCCCCACACUGCUGGCCAUCCUGAGCGGAGAGAUUUCGGGCAGUGGUACUGGCGCAGCAUCGCCCUAUGUCAUUGCAAUGCAGCGGCUCAAGAUCUCCGGCUUGCCUCACAUAGUCAACGCCCUGAUCUUGACGUCGAUAUUCAGCGCUGGUAAUGCACUUCUGUAUGCCGCAACACGCACCUUACACGGCAUGUCGCUCGAAGGCCACGCGCCACGCAUCUUCUCGCGGUGCACGAAGCGUGGUGUUCCUGUCUGGGCCCUCCUCUUCUCCCUCUCGUUCUGCUUACUGGCGUUCCUUCAGUCCAGUAGCUCGUCCGCGGCAGUCCUGGGAUACCUGGUCGUCCUGAUCACCUGCUGCCAGAUGCUGAACUACGGCUUUACGGCCCUUGCCUACCGACACUUCUACCUUAAUCUCCAAAAGCAGGGCAUCUCCAGAGACACACUACCGUACAAAGGACGGUUCCAGCCGUACACUAGCUACGUUGCGAUGGGUGGCCCUCUGUUCAUGAUCUUCGCCGGAGGGUACGAUGUCUUUCUGAAAGGCAACUGGAGCGUCAUGUGGUUCUUCCUGGACUACAGCAUGAUCGGGUUCUUCAUAGUUGCCUUCGUCGGCUGGAAGUUGAUAUUCAGAACCUCAUAUGUUCAACCUGGGACAGCGGAUCUGAGCUUGGGCGGGCUGAAAGACGAGAUCGACAAGUACGAAGAGACGUUUGUUCCACGGGAGCGCGGAAGAGUGUUCGGCAAGAUUGUUGGCAAGGUCUUCGAGUAG